UGGUGAACGUGUUCAUUAAUAUUGUGCUCACCAGCAUCUCAACGUUCCCUCACGCCUCGUUAUUGGUUUUUGGGCAAUCUCAGGAUGGCGACCGAGGAGAUCAGGCCAGUUUCAUUGAUCGACGACAUACCACUUCUGCAACUUGCGGAGUGGACACGAGCGAGACUUGCUAGAGAAGUGGGCACAAUGAGUCGAUCUCUAUUAGCGCAAGUUACAUCGUCGUACAAGCUGGUUUACAUGGAGGCACAGUCCGCGAUGGACACGACCUACGAGUUGCCUCCUGAAGUCCUUGGGCUUAUAUUCCGAUAUGUCCCUGGAUCCCCGCUUGACGACUACAAAGACGAUCCAGACGAUCACGCUCUCUGUUACAGGGACCAUCUCAUCCGAUCGAGCGACGUGGUGCCCCUGAUGCGCGUCUGUCGGCGUUGGAGAGCAGUAGCGAUCAAUAUGGCAGAGCUGUGGACCACCAUCGACGACAGGAAGCAAGUACUAUACGACGAUCACGUCGCACGGGCCAAGAUAUUACCGCUGAAGCUAUUUAUUCAUUCCAAGCCACGUUCGGGCUGCCGACAAUGGCUGCGCAUGCAUGCACCCACCAUUCAGGAAUUUCACUAUAUCCGUGCCGCCCAAGACGAUCGCUAUGCUAUCUUGCGGGUAUAUCUACCCAAUAUUCGCGCAGCCACCUUGGUGGUGAACAGCGUGAACAUGUACGACAACGAGUUUGAACUGUUCGGAGGGACGACGUCCUUGCGGGAGCUGUGCUUGCGAAGACUCAGUUGGUUGCCCACGAAUCAUCUUCCCCAUCUUACCCGACUCUUUCUAGCACAGUGGCGGGGGACUUGCGACAUCGCGCAACUCAUGUCCUUUCUGGCGAGAUGUCCGAACCUCGUCGACAUCACGCUUUCGCGACCAUUCCUUGGUCGAAUAGUUACAGCCUCCGAGGACACAAUCGCAGAAUUGCCCCAGCUUCGGCGCUUGACAAUGCGAGACCUCCCGCCAGACGAGAUCGCAGCAUGUUUGCUGCAUAUCCGCGCGCGUCCCGACACUGCACUAUGCAUCCGUACAACGACCGACCCGCUGACUGCCCAAGAUGUCAGCAGCAUAUCUCGAUUUCGCACCAUCGCUUCGUGCACUAUGCUCCAUAUCCUCAGUACGGGGGAAGGCGUUUUCUCAUUGACUGCUCUAGGGCAGGCAUCUGGGGUGUAUAUCGAGCAGGUCCAUAUUCCGGAGGAAGAAUGGGAGGAGGCCCUGGCGCAGAUCAGCUUCCUGCCCCAGAUUGAGGAGUUAUGGCUGGUGGAAAAGGGAUGUUCGCCGCUGCCACACACGGUGGUUCACAAGAUUCUCCGUCGCAUGGGAGCUUUCAAGUUACGGACGCUAGUAACCACAGGCGAAGGCCUUCGCGAAGUGAGCGCUGCUUUAGUCGCGUGCUUGGGCGAUAAUCGGCAAGCUAUACAAGACAUCCACGUCUUUAUCAACAGACAGUCAGAGAACACUGACGACCCGUUCGCGCAAAGCGCGAUGCGGCAGAGAUUCAUUGUCAACAACAAUAUCAUGGCCACUGCGACAGACUUAGCGGGGGUCUCGGAAAUUGUCCGUUCCAAGACAAGUGAGAGGAAUCCAUGUAUGAAGCUGCCCGUUGUGUGUGCAACGCAGUCCGAGCUUUGGCCGGCCUGGCAUACCUUUCUGACCUUGCUAUGACGGUGCGUGUUGACCAUUUGAAAACGUAAUUUAAGGCUCAAUGUUGAGACUA